GAGACUUGGCAGAUAGUCUCGGGGCUACGAGGUACGUGCUGUCCGUGCCGUAUGUGUGUGGAAUAGUGGUUGUCCAGACUGAACCCGGUACAACCAUGGGGCUGUUUGCUGUCAGUGCCGGCCGCUUUAGAAAUCGGGUUCGGACGUGGAGUCAACACUUUUCAUCCAUUUCACCAACUUGUCGUAAUGGCGAGGUUCUCGCGUUGCCAUCAAUCUAUCCAUUCAUCCAUCCAUCCAUCCAUCCAUGCAUGUAUGUAUGUAUGUGUAUGUAUGUAUGUAGAAGACAUCUCUGAUCCAGAGGAAAUGUGCAGGACUCCACCAACACAGACUCACGUUCAUUCGUUUACUCAACUCAGCCAAACCGCCCCGAGGGUUUGAAAAGUUCUUCCCAAAGAGUGCAGGGACUGCCGAUGCGGAGAAAUCAGCAAACAAUGCAAAAAACAGGGAGCAGAUGAACAACAAGGGCAAUGAAGGUCAAAGAGGAAGAAAAAAGGACGAAGAACCAGAUUGGUGGGCACGUUUUCAGGAUAAUUUUCCAUUAGAUGAAAAAGCACUGCAAAACCUGGCAAUUGGUGCAGCAGGCAUGGCCUCUGCUUUUCUCUACUUUUACUUCCGGGAGACUGGCAUCCAGAUCUCCUGGAAAGACUUUGUGCACCACUACUUGAGCAGAGGCUUGGUUGAUCAUCUGGAAGUUGUCAAUAAACAUUAUGUCAAAGUCAUUCCAGCAGCUGGUGUAAACAUUUCAGAUGUGAGUUAUUUAUGGUUCAAUAUUGGUAGCGUGGACUCAUUUGAGUAUAAUCUGGAAGCAGCGCAGCAGGAACUGAGUAUGGACUCUAGAUUCAAAGUACCUGUCAUCUACACCAGUGAAAAUGAUUGGUCGCUCUUUUAUAGCAUUUUCCCAACCUUACUUCUGGUUGGCUAUCUCCUGAUGACUCGGCUUGGCCCAAUAGUGGGGCCCCGUGGCAGUAGAGGGCAAGCAAACCCCUUCAGAAUGGGUCGGUCCAAAGCCAAGAUAAUAAAAAACGACAUUGGUGUUGGAUUUCAGGAUGUUGCAGGCUGUGAGGAAGCCAAACUGGAGAUUUUAGAGUUUGUUAACUUAUUGAAAAACCCUCAACACUACAAGGAGCUCGGAGCCAAGAUGCCGAAGGGUGCAAUAUUGUCUGGUCCACCUGGAACAGGGAAGACCUUGCUCGCCAAGGCUACUGCGGGAGAAGCUAAUGUUCCUUUCAUUACUGUCAGUGGCUCUGAGUUCCAGGAAUUGUUCGUUGGCGUAGGUGCUGCAAGGAUGCGGGACAUGUUUGCCAUGGCACGUAAAAACGCCCCCUGCAUCCUCUUCAUUGAUGAAAUAGAUGCAGUGGGCAGAAAGCGGGGCAGAGGAAACUUCGGAGGCCACAGUGAACAAGAAAACACACUAAACCAGUUACUGGUAGAAAUGGAUGGGUUCAAUAGUAGCACCAAUGUGGUUGUUUUGGCUGGUACUAAUCGAGUUGAUGUCCUGGAUCCGGCCCUGAUGAGGCCGGGGCGCUUUGAUCGACACAUAUAUAUAGGUCCUCCAGAUAUAAAAGGCAGAGCUUCCAUCUUUAAGGUACAUCUGCGACCUUUAAAAUUGGAGCCAAGUAUAAAAGUUGAGGCUUUAGCCAGAAAGCUUGCUGCAUUAACUCCAGGUUUUACUGGGGCUGACAUUGCCACUGUGUGUAAUGAGGCCGCUCUAAUAGCGGCACGCCAUCUACACCAGCAUAUCCACUCUCAGCACUUUGAACAGGCAGUCGACAGGGUCGUUGGAGGUCUAGAGAAAAAAUCUCAGGCAUUGCUGCCUCCAGAGCGGACCACUGUGGCGUAUCACGAGGCCGGACAUGCUGUCACUGGCUGGUUUCUAGAACAUGCAGACCCACUAUUGAAGGUGUCUAUAGUUCCAAGAGGAAAGGGUCUGGGUUACGCUCAGUAUCUCCCGAAGGAGCAGCACCUCUUGACACAAGAACAGCUCUAUGACAGAAUGUGCAUGAUGCUUGGUGGCCGUGUGGCUGAACAGGUUUUUUUUCAUCGGGUCACUACAGGGGCACACGAUGACCUACGGAAGGUCACACAGUCGGCCUACGCACAGGUUGUACAGUUUGGAAUGAGCGAGGCCGUGGGUCAGGUAUCUUUUGAGCUUCCCCAGCAGGGUCACAUGGUGACAGAGAAGCCCUUCAGUGAGCCUACAGCCCAACUCAUAGACCAGGAAGUGCGCCAGCUCAUUGACUCCGCCUUCCAGAGAACGCUGAAGCUUCUCACUGAGAAAAAAGCCAUGGUGGACAAGGUGGCCAAACAUCUCCUAGAUAGAGAGAUUCUAGAAAAGGCCGACAUGGUGGAGCUACUGGGUCCGCGUCCUUUUCUAGAGAAAUGGUCUUAUGAGGAGCUUGUGGAAGAGCUUGUGGACCCGGAGGAGGACAUCUCACUACCUGAAGGGCUGAAGGACUGGAACAAACGGAAUGAAGAACACCCGCAGCAGGAACAAACCAAAUCAGCUGUUCACUUCAUGCGGUGUCAAGGAGAAUAAGCUUCUAGAGUCAGGUGAACCUUUUUAUUUUGGUAAGGACAAAGGUGAUCAUGAUUAUGUGCAAUUGUUUUAUUCCAAGCUGAGAUUUACAUUUUGGAGGCAUUUGUGGCUUGAUGUCAGAGCUGAGGACUUCUACCUAUUUUUUUUUACCAAGUGCACUAAUUUAGCUAUGACCAUGAAUUGUAUUAGCUCAAGUAUGAUUGCACCAUUUUAAAAGCUAUCAUAUUUAUACAUGCUCAUUGCCUUAAACCACAUGCACACACACAAACAUUCUCUGCGUACCAUAUGCAGUGUUUUCCCAAGAUUUCAAGCUUUGGGAUGGCUGGGGGCACAAACACCUGCACACAGGAGGCAGGAAUUUGUGCAAAAGUAACAUAGAUUCCAAAUCAGUCUACAACAUGAAUAUAAAGACUAUAAGUGCAAUACAAUACAAUUACUCUGCACGCAAUAUAGAGAAAUUGUACACGCGCGAUAUGACCAGACAGAAAUGUCAUGCCAUCGUAUGAAUAAGUAAUAUCAGGCUAUUUAGUUUGUUCAAUAAAAUAAGUUAUAGAUGUGUUCAAUAUGAAACAUACUCUUAAAUGACUUCUGUUGUGAUUUAGCACCAUAUAGAAAAUAAAAUAUAACUUCACUCCUUGAAGUCUUCACUGACCAUUUUUAGGAGAUAAUUUUCCAUGCCGCUUAUCCUCACUAGGGUCACGGGGUAUGCUAGAGCCCAUCCCAGCUGUUUUUGGGCGAGAGGCGGGGUACACCCUGGACUGGUCGCCAGGCAAUCACAGGGCACAUAUAGACCAACAACCAUUCUCACUCACAUAUACCUAUGGACAAUUUGGAGUCACCAAUUAACCUAGCAUGUGGGAGGAACCCGGAGAAAACCCACACACACGGGGAGAACAUGCAAACUCCACACAGACGCCAAGCAGAGAAUCAAACCCAGUUCUCUCCGAUCUCCUGACUGUGUGGCAUACAUGCUCACCACUCGGUCACCAUGCGGCCCAUUUUAGUUCCUGCUCAAGUGUAUAAUCACGAUAGGCAACAUUCAGUUUACUGAACAGAAUAGACGAGGUUGCAGCUGGGCUAUUUGGAAAUAGUUCAAGUCACAGAUUUCUGCAUGAGCAAGAAGUUUUAAUGUUUAUCCUUGUUGAUGAGAUGCUGAAAACUUUCUACUUUUUUUUAAUGCUGUUUUUGUUUUUGAUCACUUCUUGAUCAAUGCAGUAAAGUGUGACGAAGAUAUGAAGCUUUUGGGGCACACAAAUAUAUUAAACAUACCUUAUACCCAUUGGCUUGCCAUUUUAUUUAUUGACUUCAUAUUUAUCAUCGUCUUUCAGAAGGAAUAAUGGAAAUUCUAGAAAAUUCCUGCGGAAAUUUUGAUGGGCAUGCAACCUGUCCUGUGAACCUCGGGCCCGGUGUCUGCUUCCCACGCCGCCAAGCAAUACCGUGCAUACAUUACAUGUGGAAUUUAGCAAAAAAGCUAUCAUGCUCAUAAUAAUAAUAACUAAACAGAAAUCUUAAGAAUCUUAAACAGCAUCCUCAAGAAGAAGGUGUGAUUAGUGUAGUCACUUUAGUGUGGUACUGUAAAUGGGAGCCUCAGGUUGAGGAUAUGACCCCAGCAAGGUCAGAUGAGGCUAUACUGUCGCCCGUGAAGGAGAAGAACAUUUGACCUGAUCAACUGUGAGGAAAAUGAGCAAUCGACAACAAGGUGGAUGCUUAACUUUGUCUCAUCCUUGUGCUUCAAAUUUAAGAAGGGAAUCGUAGCUUAAUUACAAAUCACUCAACAAAGCACAGUUUUCCACAACUCUUAUUUUAUUCCUCUUACAGUCACUCACCCCAUUCCAGAUGAUUAUCGGGCCAGGUAUUAACUAAAUAAAAAAUAAAUCAUCUAAGCGGGCUGUCUCUUCACAAGUAUUGGCACUUGAUUGUGUGUUUGGCAUUCAUGCAAAUUCACAGUAGCUCAGUUAAUUCUUUCCACCAUCAUUUUUCAGGCUUUGGAAAACCAACUUGAAUAAGAAGAAAAAGUGGCAGUCAUCAUUUUUGAACAUGUUAGGAAGAAUGGGAAAACAACAUAUGAUUUUGGCAAUUUGAAAGUAACAGUGCUACUAGCCUGUCUGUCACUAGGAAACAGAACUUCAAAUCAUCGAGAGUGCAAUAAGAGCAGAGAAGGAAGGUGAGUGAGUGUGUGUGUGUGUGUGUGUGUGUUUACCGCAUAUCCUUAGAACACAGAGCAAUGUGUUCAGAGUUCACCGUGAACUCCUCAACUGUUCAUCAGCACCAUACAACACUGUGUCAGUGGUCCACUCCGAUGCUGGCUGUCUGCUCUGAGCUUCAUUCCACUUGCGUCACACACAGACACACACCACAUGUUAAGGUUGUUUUGGCCUUUCCAGCUUCAUUAAGGGCUCUGCGGUGUCUGAGUCGCUGUGGU